AUGGUUUUUAGGUUCGCCAGUGUAGAAGUGUACAAGCCUGAUUAUUAUCCGACGUAUCUGAGUGGUGGAGGAAUCAUGUUCGUAUCAUCAGCCAUACCUAAAAUAAUCGACGUGCUUCGAUUUGAUGAUCCCUACUUCUCAGUCGACGAUGCUUUCAUCAGUGGAGUGCUUGCCGAACGAGCGAAUAUACCGAGGAUUUGUCUAAAAUCAUUCCUUUUUGGAUACAGCGGAUUGACUAGCUGCUGGCCUAGUCCACCACUCGCCAUUAUAGAAGUAGGAGCACCCAAUGAAUUGGCAGCUGUUAUUGAUAAGGUUAAAACUGGAAUGGCAACAUGCAAUGAAACCGAUUAUCACCAAUAA